AUGAGAGGCUUGGAGAGGAAAGGUUCGGAAAGGAGAGCCGUUGGGGGAGGUCGGGAGGGGGUUACGCGCGCGGGGGACGGGGAGGAAGCGGCGGAGGAGGAGAGGCGGAGGGAGAUUGAGAGGGAGAGAAAGAGGGAGAUAGAGAGGGCGAUAGAGAGGGAGAUGGAGGUUGCGCGAGAGUGGGAGGAGAAGGAGAGGGCGGAGAGGGAAGAGAGGGAGGAGAGGGAGAGGUUGCUGAAGGAAGAAAGGGAGAAAGAGAGGAAGGAGAAGGAGAGAAGAGUUCAGGAAGAGAAGGCAAGGCGUGAACGAGAAGAGAAAGAGAGGGUUGAGAGGGAGAGAGCAGAGAGGGAACGGAAGGAGAGGGAGAAGGCUGAACGGGAAAAGAUGGAGAAGGAACGGAAGGAGAGGGAGAGGAGGGAAAGGGAGAGGUUUGAGAGGGAGAGGGUGGAGAGGGAGGAAAGGGAACAGCGGGAGAGAAUGGAGCGAGAGUUGGAGGAGCGGAGGGAGAAGGAGAGGCAAGAGGAGCUGGCGAAAGUGAGACAGAGGGAGCGAGAGCGGUUGAGAGAGAUUGAGCUGCAGAUGGAGCGACAGAGGCAUGUGCGAAUCGCAGAAGAACGGCAGAGGGAGAAGGAGAGGGCUGAGGAGCGAGAGAACGAGCGGCGGAGAAUGGAAGAGGGGGAGAAGGAGCGGGAGAGGGAGAGGGAGAAGGAGAGGGAGAGGGUGAGAGUGGAGCAGAGGCAGAGAGAGGAGGAGCGGCGGGUGAGGCAGCAGAAAGAAGUCCAGAGGCGAAAGGAGAGGCGCGGAGAUGAGCUAUCAGGGAAGGCCAUGGGGGAUCCUCUUCGUGUGAUCGCCUGGGUUGCGGGAGCAGGAGUGUCGUCUGCUGCUUUCGGCGAGCCAUCCAGCUCGUUUGGAGCACCUUAUCAGGCGUCUCCGGAUCAUUCUCAGGUGCUGCAGCAGUGGGUGCAGAGAGCAACCCACUUCCACAGCAGGCUGGGAUCUGACGUGGCUCCAGCUGACGUGGCUCCAGCUGACGUGGCACCAGCGUCAGCUGUAGCGGACUUUUGGCAGGGUGUUAGGGCAGCAGUGGAGGCGGCAGAGGAUGUGGCUAUAGCGGGGGAUGAGGAGCAGCAGGAGGGCGUGGCUGUGACUGUAGGCGCGUGUGACUUAGCUGCAGUGCGACAGCUGCAGGGGAAUGCGAGGAAGCGAGUCUCCCAAUUUCUCCUUCACCCCCCUCUCCAUCCCCCAGUGGCAGCAGCAGAGGCGAUGGCGCAGCAGGUGGGGGCAUUCGAGUCCACGUGUGGGGCAGCUGGACGGGGAAGCGAGGAGGCACUUGUGAUUCCCAGAACCUCAUUCUCUCCUCUCUUAUCCACAACCCCCCCCCCUCAUCCUGCAGUGGCAGCAGCAGAGGCGAUGGCGCAGCAGGGUGGCCAUUCAACAGCUGAUGGAGUGAGUAUGAGUGCUGCUGCUGCUUCUGCUGCUGCACUGCUGCUGCUUUCCCCCUCCCACUCCUUUCCCCCCUCCCAUUCCAUUGCCCCCUCCCAUUCCCUUUCCCUCUCCCACUCCCUUUCCUCCUCUCACUCCCUUUCCCCCCUCCCAUUCCCUUGCCCCCUCCCAUUCCCUUUCCCCCUCCCACUCCCUUUCCUCCUCUCACUCCCUUUCCCCCUCCCAUUCCCUUUCCCCCUCCCACUCCCUUUCCUCCUCUCACUCCCUUUCCCCCUCCCAUUCCCUUUCCCCCUUCCCACUCCCUUUCGGCCUCUCACUCUCUUUCCCCCUCCCACUUCCUUUCCCCUCUCUCACUCCCUUUCCCCCUCCCAUUCCCUUUCCCCCUCCCACUCCCUUUCCGCCUCUCACUCCCUUUCCCCCUCCCACUUCCUUUCCCCCCUCUCACUCCCAUUCCCCCUCCCACUUCCUUUCCCCCCUCUCACUCCCAUUCCCCCUCCCAUUCCCUUUCCCCCUCCUAAUUCCUUUCCGCCUCCCACACCCUUUCCCCCUCCCACUCCCUUUCCCCCCUCCCACUUCCUUUCCGCCCCCCACUCCCUUUUCCCCUCAAACUCCCUUUCCCCCUCCCACUCCCUUUCCCCCCUCUCACUCCCUUUUCCCCUCCCACUCCCUUUCCCCCUCUCACUCACUUGCCCCCUCCCUCCUGCAGGGUCACGGUGUCUGCGUGAGACGGUGUCUGAUUUAAGGGAGGCUCGUGAUGUGCUGGACGUGUGGCGGCAUGAGCUGGCACGGCUGCACUCGCGCCUAGUCAGCGUCGUCUGCCGCUCCCAGCUGAUGUCAGCAUGCGGCCGCAUGACCUGGCAGCCAGCAUCGCCAGCUCAGCUCCCGGGCCAGGACCACACGAUGGCCCCUGCUGACGUGGCAAUGGCGUCUGCUUGCGCUUUCCUGGACCAAGCGAUAGACAUUCGGCAGCAGCAUGAGGGGUGGGAGGAGGCGAUGACAGCAGCUGCUCUGGUGUGCGACCUGGAAGCUUCCUCAGGCAUCAGCAACACCGGUGGUGCUGACGUGGACAGGUGGAGGCGCUUCCUGGAGCCACUCACAGACAGCCACGUGGCAGACAUUCUCGAAGGCGACCUUGCCAGCUGGCGGGCGGUGCAGGGCAUCUACUGGGCGGCAGUGGCCCGGGAGGAGGAGGCACUGGCGGGGCUGCUGCAGGCGCGACUGGGGGAGGUGCCAUCCGCCAUGGGGCGGCUGCAGCUGCUGGCGCAGUGCUCGUCCUUUACUGCGCUGCCGCGGGUGUCAGCACGCCUGCAGCACGACUUGCAGCAAAUGCUGCACGAGGUGGCAGCAGACGUGCGAGCACUGGAGGAGCAGCUAUGGCACCCAACCGCAGCCUGCCACGUGUCCUCUCUUGCCCAGCUCAGGGGCGUGCCACGUGUUGCCGCCUCAGUGGCCCGCGCCAAAGCCAUUCACGGGAAGCUGAGGGCGCUAGACGCGGCCCUGCACGCUCUGCUGGGUGACAGCUGGCGCAGCGGGAUUGGUCGGGCGGGGAGGGGAGGGAGCAGGAGGGGAAGAGGCGCGGGGGGAGCGGUGGGGAUGGGUGGAGAUGGGGAGGGAGGGGUUGAGUGUGGUGGGGCGGGGUGGGGAGCGGUGACGGACGGUGGGCUGCGGAGGUCGAUUGCUCGGCUGCUGGAGGAGGCGUUGCAGCAAACGGACCCUCAGAAAGUGCGUGUUUACCGUCAAUCAGUGGCUGCAAGAAAAGCUCGCUCCCUGCUCGUCCCCCUGCUCGUCUCCCUGCUCGUCCCCCUUACAAGUGACUCUCUCUCUCCCCCUUCGUCCAUCCCUCCACUCUCCCUUCAGACCGUCAACCAGUGGCUGCAAGAAAAGCUCGCUCCCCACACUGGCAGCACCAGCAGCAGCAGCAUGAGCGCGGAGGAAGCAGAGGAGGCUCUCAGAGGCCCUGUGCUCACCUCCUGCUCGUCCCGCCCGCCCCUGGCUGACGUCAGCAACAGCAGCGCGGCUACAGCCGGGGAGGAGGAGCAGGCGGAGCCGCUGCUACAGCUGCAGGUGAGGGGGAGAGACAAUGAGGGGUGGAAGGUUAGGGGAGGAAGGUUAGGGGUGGGACACUGGCAGGUGAGGGAUGGAAGGUUAGGGGUGGGACACUGGCAGGUGAGGGAUGGAAGGUUAGGGGUGGGACACUGGCAGGACGGGGAGAUGAGGCACAGACGACUUGUGUAUGGGGAGGAGGAGCAGGCGGAGCCGCUGCUACAGCUGCAGGUGAGGGGUGGAAGGUUAGGGGUGGGACACUGGCAGGUGCAGUACAAGGCGAGGCUUCUCCAUCUGAGUGACGAAGUUCGCUCUCUAAGAGCAUCAGGCUUCCACACCCCGCAUCACCUGCUCGCCUGCGCCCUCUCCGCCUCAGCUGCCGCCUCCUCCGCAUCCACCAUCUCCCCUCCUGCCCCUCUGCCCCUCCCUGAACCCCUGCCCUCUGCACCUUGCCCCUCUGCCCUGCCUGUCUGCUCCCUAUGCCACCUCUCCCCCCACCAGGUGCAGUACAAGACAAGCCUGCUGCAUCUGAGCGAGGAGGUCCGCACCCUUCGGGCGUCAGGCUUCCACAUCCCGCACCACCUGCUCGCCUGCGCCCUCUCCGCCUCUGCUGCCGCCUCCUCCGCAUCCACCAUCUCACGAGCGCUCGAGAGCUUUGCUGAUGUCAGCGCUGGCGUCAGCAAGGGCGUGCUGCCGCUGGUGGUGGCUUCGCGAGAAGCGGUGCUGGGGUUAAUGCAGAGCGGUGAGUCGGCACAAGCGGUGCUGGGGUUAAUGCAGAGCGGUCAGGGAGUGGUGUGGGAGGAGGAGGGAGCAGGACGAGUUGGCGGUGUGCCUGUGGGUUGCCGCCAGGGCGUUGUGUGGGAGGAGGAGGACGAGUUGCAGUGUGCCUGUGGGAUGCAGAGGAGGGAACUUGGUGGAAGUGUGGUGUGGGAGGAGGAGGACGAGGUGGAUGAGUUCGCCGUGUGCCUGUGGGAUGCAGUGGAGGCGUUUUCAUCUGCAGCUGCUGCGGCCAAGGAGAGGCAUGAGGCGGCAUGGCAGUGCCUUGAGCAGAUUCGUUCGUGUGCCUAUAAGGACCUGCCAACUCAUCUCCGCCAGCUGGCGCACGCGGUAAUUGCAGCGAUCUCCCGGCCGCCUUACCCGGCUGCCAUGUCAGCUGCCACGUCAGCAGUGUGGCAGCAUGAGGUGGUGGUGAGAGAGAUUGAGGCUGUGCUUUCACUGCACGGGCCCUCUGGUGUAGUGAAGGAACGAGCUGGUGGAGGAGCCGACGCAGCAGGGGCGGCAGGAGCGGCAGGGGCGGCAGGAGUAGUGGGAGGAGAUUUGAAUGGCGGGGAUGGGAGCGAGACUGAGUCGUUUGUGCUGCAGCUUCUGCAGGAGCAGAUGGGGAUGCUGACGCACCGAGUGGCUGUGAGGGGGUCAAACGCAGGGGCGGUUAGAGUGGAAGGAGGAGGAGCGAGUGGCAGGAUGGAGGUGGAGGUACAGCCUCCUCUCUGCGAGUCUCAGCAGCGGCUCCAGGACUGUGUUCAGCUGUUGCUCGCUCCCGCUCUCUCUGCUGCUGCAGAGGCCAAUAGCGUCCUCUCCUCCGCCUCUGCGGCUUUCUUGCUCCCUCCCACUCCCUCGAAUGGUCCCUCUGCUGCUGCUGAAGCCAGCAGCAUGCACUCAUCCGCCUCUGCUGCCCUGCAUCCCAUGGCUGCUGGUAACUUCAGUGACGUCAGCAGCAGCGACAGCAUGGGUAGCUAUCACAGCACUGCAAGGGGCGGGGCUAGUGUGGGCAGUCUGUUAGUAGUGAGCUGUGUGGUUCCGGCUCGGCUGGAGGCGUGUGCGUAUGGGGUGGUGGAUGCAGUGGUUGGGGCGGCUGAGGGGUGGGUGGGCGAGUGGAGGGUGAGAGUGGCACAGGCGGAAGGGAAGAUGGAGAGAUGCGCCCGUGCUGCUGCUGCUGCUGCUGUAGCUGCUGCUGCUGCUGCUGCUGCCCCAGCUGCUGUUAGCGAAAGUUCCAACACCUCCCUUCCCCCGCCUUCGACUGAACUCUGGCGUUCCCUUAUGAACGAAAUUCAGCAGGUUCGUAACCAGCUGGCUGCCAAACCUGCAGUGGUUAGGUUCGGCACAGCUGACCGAACCUCGCUCUUAGCCUUGGACGCAGGCUCGGUGAGGGAGGCACUGGUGGGUCGGUGUGAGGCUUGGAUUCGGGCGGCUGAGGAGGAUAUAGAAGGCAGGGCGGUUCGGGGUUGUAGAGAGGCGAUUAAAGAGGUAUCUGAGCUGAAGAAACUACUGGAGUUGAUUAAGAGGGAGGCAGAGGGGGAACUUAUGAGUAGAGAUAGGGAACAGAGGCUCGGGCGAGUGCAUGUGGGGGAGGUGGGGAGGCGUAUGGAGGAGCUUGAGACGUGGUGGGACGCUGCUGCUCCUACCAGUGCGGAUUGCUCUCGAGGCAGGGCUGCUGGGGCGCUGGUGCAGUGCGCACGCUUAGUGGGGCAGCUUAAAACGAGGAUAGAGCUCAUGAGGAGGGCGAUUGGGCUGGUGGGAGGGGCGGGGCGGGGAGGAGGAGGAGGAGGAGGAGGAGGUGGGGAGAGUGGAGGGGAGGGGAUUAGGGUUGCGGAUUUCAACCCUGAAUCGGACUUAACCCCUCUGCACUCCGCCUUGAGCGACGUGAACCAGGAGGAAGAGGUAUUCGGGCAGCACGGUGCGUUCCGGGCAGUUCAAUCGGCUGCCCGGAAACUAAUUGCGAGCCUAGGUCUGGUGUCGAAGCUAGUUAAAGCCUCGCUGCAAGAGGCCCAUUGGAGAGCCCUCGCCCGAGCAUUGGGGUUCCAAGCCAAGGGCGGGCUCGGCGCCGGAGGUACCCUGCAGGUUCGGGAUCUGGUUCGGGCGCUGGGAGGCUUGGAGGGUCGGGCGGCAGCGGAGCAGGUUUUAUCUGCCGUCCAGGGGGAGGUGGCAUUGAGACAGUUUAUGGAUAAGGUUGAAAAGGAGUGGGGCGAGCAGGAGUGGGCUUUUAAGGGGUUUAGAGACAAGUGGAAAAUCGUGGGGAAUUUGGGGGUGGUUGGGGAAAUGGUGCUAGAGCAUUUGAGUAUGCUUGGAGCGAUGAAGCAGUCUCCCUUCUUCCCUCCGUUUAGAGAGGCUGUGAGGGAGUGGGAGGGGCGACUGGGGCAGCUGAGUGAGCUGGUGGAUGCGCUAGCAGACGCGCAGUCCAAGUGGGUCCGUUUGGAAGCACUCAUGACGUCACCUGCCGUCCGGUCGAUGCUACCCGACACGCACCGCGCCUUCCACGAAGCUUCCCUCCCGUUCACGGAGUUCCUGGGAUCGCUCGCCGCCCGCCCUCUCGCGAUCGACCUGGAGGGACUUGCGGACGAGGACGACGGAGCCGGGCGGCAGGUUUUGGCGGUUUGUGCGGAGGUGUUUGGGCGGGUGCUUUUGGAGGUUCAGGCACAUCUGGACAAGCAGAGGCGGAUGCUGCCAAGGCUGUACUUCCUGGGGGAUGACGAUCUGUUACAGCUCAUCUCUGCUUCGCCCUCUGAUUUAUCUGCGGUACACGUGCACAUUCGCAAGCUCUUCACAGCAGUCUCAGGCAUUGAAGUAUCGGCAGUCUCUGAUACCAUUUUGCCAGAAAAGAGUACAGCAGAGGAUGUAGUGAAGUUUGCACCUUCAGGGGACGCAGGGAAGAGAGUAUUUAUCACCGCAGCUCUUUCCGACGGGGAGCGGCUCGUGCUGCACCAACCAGUGGAGCUUGCGGAAGGUGCUGCCACGUCAGCGAGUGCCACGUCAGCGGAUGCCACGUCAGCGGGUGCCACGUCAGCGGAAGGACAGAAGCCAGCAGGAGCCACCAAGUGGCUGCUGGAUCUCGACAUGGCGCUGCGGACGACUCUGAGCGACCUGGUUGUGUCAGCGGUCGCUGAGCUGGCGGCGUGUGAUUGGCUGUCGACUGCUGCGGCUGGGAAGAGGGAGAAGAGCAAAUGCAGCGGGAAGGAGGGAAGUGGCGGCGGAGUGAGGAGGAGUGGAGUGAGGAUGGGCGGUAGCAGCAGGAGGAAUGGAGGAAGGUUCCUCGAGUGGCUGGGGAAGCUGCCUUUGCAGCCGGCGCUGCUAGCUCUUCAAGUGAGCUGGACUGCUCUGGUUGAAGGGAUUUUGGCAGGCGAGGAACGGGAGGUAGAUGAGCAAGGGGUGCAAGUGAGGGGUGGAAAGGAAGCAGGGCUGGAGGCUCUGGUGGUGGGGCUGGAGGGGCUUCUGCAGUGGCUGGCACGUGCCGUGAGGGAGCGGAGAGAGCUGGCUAGGAAAGCAGCGGGGGCAGGAGGAGGAGGAGCAGGCAGAGCAGCAGGGGAGCAGGGGGAGUAG